GAAGAGUUGGACGGCCUUAUACAAGCCUACGUGCCAAUCCAAUUAACCUCGGAGAGACUAAGAGCAGGCCUGCCACAACGAUACACCAAAUCCUCCGUCAUAAGCCUGGAAUACCGUUGGUACGAAAAUCACUUGGAUCGGUUGGAUCCUCCUACUUACAUCGUCCUUGUGAAGCUCGAAUCUAAUCACAUGAGACUUGUGCUGCACAAAAUACUCCCAGUUGCGUUUGGUCAGUUUCCUUUGGAGGAGCUAGUGAAUCUGGCACGAGGAUUGGCCGAUGCACUGUUGACCAUGUUGCAGCUGCAGUUGAAAAGAAAUGGUUCGACAGUGGACGAAAUGCAGACCAAAAAGGCCAACCUGUCGAACGGCUUGCAGUAUGGUGAUCCUUCUGACCAGCGUAUAUUAGUACUUUCUUUG